AUGACCGUGACUAAUCCGCAGUCAUCUUCUGCUGGAAUCGAUCUUCGCAUCUCUUCACCAAACGCUUUCACUCGAAAUGGAAGCGCAAUUGCUUCGUCAGGCGACAUCUUCGUGCUCCACGACACUUACUUUGUUCCCCCACUUAUAGAAUUUCAAAAAAUCAGUUGUCAGAUUUCCUCAUCUAAUUUCGUCAAUUUUGGCAAAAAAAUUUAUGCAUUCAUUCAUAACUAUGAUGGCUAUGGUAACUACAUCAUCGGUUCGAGGCUGGAUAUUACCAUGACCAAUCUUGCAGACGAUGGAGGAGUGGACACGUUCUGCAAGGCCUUUCCGUCAUCUCGGCCAAUCUGUGAGGACAAGAUCAAACCAACUUUAUUCAUUCGAAGCACGUUAAGCGCCCCAGGAAACCAGUUAAUUGACACCCAAGUCAUUCUUGCUCAUAGAAACCGGGGGCAGCAUAUGCAAAUUUGGUGCGCACAUAGAUUCGUAUAUGACUUAAAUCUGUCACGAAUCCAAGUAGAAGAAGCCAUCGAGCAGGGUCAGGCGUACCUUCAACAACACACAGGGCGUACAGGACCAGCUCAGUUUGAAUCUGAAGGCGAAUCAGAUAGCUCCGAGCUUGUAGACACCUCAUUAGUAAAUGCCGAUGUCUCUGGAGUAGCAGUCGACGAAAGAACCAAGCGUAUUCAUCGACGCAUUCAGCGCCAUUUGUACCACCUCCAGCAGCGCUGGUCGGGACUUAACACAGCUCUUCUCGAAUAUCAGGCUCAACUUGACGUGGUUUAUCAGCAAGAAGCUACUCCAGCUCUCACCCCGGUCUAG